AUGCCACACGUACAUAUUGUAAUCGGGUAGUCUACAUAGCAAAACUUAUAAAAAUAUUUUCACAAAACUUCCAUACUAAAAGAUCAAAGUUAGGUGGCUGCUUUGAAGGAAGACUGAAACCAUGUCACUGGUCUACAUUACACAUCACAACGAGAACAUCUUCAAUGUGGAACGCGAGCCGGAAAAAUCACAAGACGCAAAGGGUCGCGCCCCACAGGCUCAGGCUCAGGCAACGCAGGAUUAUGGCAAGCACAACACUGAAGAGAUGGCAGCUCGCUACGCCAAGGAGCUGCGCGACCGUCUCAAUGUGGAGUACAAGAAGCAUUCGGUGGUGAUGCUGAAGGAUGGCGUGCGUCUGCUGACGGAUGCCAAGAAGUCCCAUCAUCGCACCAUGGGCUGUGCCAAUGUGCCACUCGAUCCACCGUGCGCCUUUCUGCGCAAGAAUCAAGGCGUCAAAUGGCGUCGCGAGAAUCUUCACGUUUGUCCCAAAGGUGCCCACAUGCCUCCGCUGCCCGAAUGCGGCAAGAAGGAGAAAAAGUCCGAUAUGGUACCGAACUUUGUGCUCCGGAAUAUUCGUUGUGCUCGCAGUACUGUGCGUUGUCCACCGCCGCCACGCUACGUGGACACACCUUGUGGCACGCGUCAGAAUCUGCUCAACUCUGGUCUGGUGCCGCAGUACGUGUGCCGUAAGGAUUUUGGCCAGGUGCCCGUCUAUAUACACAAGACUAAGAAGAUGCUGACAGAGGCGCAUGAUGUUUGCUGCAAGGAACAGCGACGCCUCGCCGAACUUUGUGGUGGUCUCAAGGCGUCGAAAUCCUUGUCCGCUCAGAAGCUGCAACAGUCACAGGCGGCCAAAAGUGGUCCACCCGAUAUGCCCGGCAUGCGUGUGAUGGAUCAAGCGGAACGCAAUGAGCUGCUUGUAGGAUUGCGGGCACAUCUGAACGAGAUGACCAAGAGCUAUCAGUCCAUGUCGUUGCUCAUCGACAGCGAGAACAAGCGUCAACGCAAGGGCAAACUGGAGAGCGAUCUGCGACAGCUCGAGCAGGAUAUUCUGCUGCUCGAAACGAGUCCCAUUAUUUAUGUUUCGCUGUACUAAACCUAAUUAUUGCUUAAACAUUUAAGUGCACUUGCAAACAUACAAAAAAAACACAUUCAUUCUCACACACACACGUUUACAUUCUAAAAUUCAGUUGAAUAAAUUGAAAACAGGCGUGUGCUAAA